GGACGGGAGGAGCGACCUGAGGAGCGACUCUUAGCAAAUGACGCAGGUCCAUCCUGUUACGGCUAAAAAUGAUAAGCAGGAAAAGCUGCGUGAGGAGGCGUCCCUUGGAGAGGGCGAGGAAGUUUUCGCGGACACUGACGCGGGAACGCAGCGCUCCGAGUUUGAGCAUUUGCUCGACUUCCUAGAUACGGAUAGCAAUGGCAAGGUGUCGGCCCUGGAGCUCGCUGACUUCGUGGACAGCUUGCUGGGAACGCAGGACCACCGGCGCCCUGAGGGCUCCAUAGUGUUCGAGGCGGUCCUCUCCGCCGCCAUGCGUCAGGCCUCAAUCGCCGCCAGCGCAUCCGCCGCCACCGACAAAGCCGACGGCGGCCGUACCGGCAGCGGCAGGCCCGGCUCCAACCACCGGCGGCCGCCGCCGCCGCCUCCCCCGCCGCCGCCGCCGGCAUCACUGCUGGCGGCUUCGGCCUUCGCCAAAGACGCUGCCGCCGCCGCAUCCACCGGCUCGCCACGUGGCAGCACGGACGCUGCCAGGGGUCAGGACAGCAGCACACGUGGGCUGCUUGCGGCGGCGCGCGGCAGCGUCACAGGCAAGGGCUCCAUCUCGGGCGCCGCAGGCGGCGGCGGCGGCAAGAGCAGCAGCAGCCGGCUGGGUCUGGGGCCGGCGGCUUGUGGCGGCGGCGGGUUGACGGAGGCGCAGGUGUUUGGCAGCCAGGUGUUUUUGGACAUGGACAGUGUGCGGGAGUGCUUCGCGGCACUGCUGCAGGACACGUCGCUGUGGGUGCGCAUGGCUGCGCGCUACAGCGUCAUGACGGGGGCGCUGUUCCGGCAGCUGCUCAUGUACUCGGCCGGCACACUGGACCGGCGCUUCAGCCUGGUGCACUUCGCCUGGACCUGGGGCGCCUUCAACGCCCUGCCGCUGUGGCUGCCCUUCCGCCGACUGUGGCACCGCGGCGGCGACUCCAUCCUGCUGCAGGUCUACUGCCACCAGCUCACCAAGCUACACCAGCAGCUGGGGCCGGGCGUCAGCAGCAGGGUGAACAUGCACGUGCUGCUGGUGGCGCUGACGCUGAUCCAGUUCAUUGCCACAUACGUGCCGCUGAUCUCCUUCUUAGCGGCGUACGGCAUCCCCAACAUGUGGCAGCAGCACACCGUGGUGGGCUGGAUGCACGCGCAGCCCAUGCACACGAAGCUGAGCUUCUUUGUGAGCAUUUUGCCGUUCGCGGUGCUGCAGUUCCUGACGAGCUCGGGCGCUCUCAAGCUCAGCUGUCGUGACUUCCUCAACCUCAAGGAGCAAUGCAAGGCGGUGUUCCUGAUGGGCGACGUGUCCGCGCAGUUCGAGGGCUAUGGCGGACUCAUGAUGCGUACGGUGAUGGACACCAUCAAGGGCCGAGUGGAGGACAUGAUGAGCGCGUCUAGAUUCCGCAAGCUGAACGCGACCAUGCCCCUUCUGUUUGGCAUCGGUCUGGAGGUCUUCCGACGGCUGGUCCGACUGUUCCUGGUCCACAACUGGGUGCCCCAGUCCACAUUGGGCCGUGUGGCCGCGCCCUUCGAGGUGUACGCUCUGUUCUACAACAUUUGGUUCGCCUAUUCGGAGUCCGCGGACUGCACCCAGUACCUGCUAGAACUUAAGAAGAUCGGCUCUACCUUCAAGACGCUCCUGAACAAGGAGGAGGCUCUGUCCCAGCAGCUGCCCUGGCUCAACAACCACAGCCCGCGGAACCUGUUGCUGUGGUCACGGCUACGGCGCUACUACCAGUCGCCCAACUGUCUGGAGCUGCGCUGGAUCGAAAUGCACCUCACCCUGGUCAUUGUGGCGGCGGUGGCGGUCACCGUCAUCCUCAUUGUCACCUUCGUGCAGGGCACGCUGACGACGUUCACGCCCGAGAACGCCGACCUCCAAGUGUUUGUGGUGUGGGUCAUCCCAGCGUUCAUCUACCUGGUGGCGGGUGUGGUGCUGGACGUCAUCAUGUCGGCCUCCACGGGCCAGAUGUACCACGACGACGUCCAGGUGCUCACCUCGGAGGCGGUUUCAAUUGAGGAGCGGCUGAACAGCGCCGCAGAGCUCGACCGCCUUCCCCCGGCCCCGACCGCGACUGGCGUUGCGUCUGCCACUGCCGCGCAACCGUUUCAGCGCAGCUCCUCGCAGACGCAGCUGAUGCUGUCGCCGCCGGGCCGCAGCGGCAGCGGCAGCGGCUUGGCAGGGGACGCCAACGGGACAGGCGGGCUGGGUGGCAGAGAUGCGGGAGACUACGGCGGCUCUGGCGGGGGCAGGCUGGCGCGACGCAGCCGCAGCGGCGCGAGCGGGCUCGGCACCGGUGGGGGCGAGGCCAUGCUGGGGUUGCGGGAGCUGGGGGAGUUGGGCGUGCCGUCGUCGUCGCUGUCGGGUGGGUGGGUGCAGUGGCGGCCGGCGGAGCACUUCAGGCUGAGCGAGGACCAGAAGGCGCGGCUGCGGCAGUGCCAGGGCGUGAUCCGGUCGCUGGUCACCUACAUCCAAUUCAAUGUGGAGUACAUCACCAUCUUCGGAAUCCCCAUCGACACCAACCUGCGCAACACGCUCUUCUCGCUGGCCGUGACGUUGAUGGGCGCCGCCGUCAGCGCCUUCCUCGCCAUCAUCCUGCAGAAGAAGUGAUGAUGUUUACAUGCGUUCAUGCAUGGUGGUAGAUGCAGGUUUGGCUGUGCAUCUAACUUCAUAUGUUCAUUCUUCAUGUUGGCGUCUGCACAUGCAUGCGUGUUCUGAAGUGCAUUGUGGCUAAACCUUCCUACGUCUGCUGGCUUCCAAAAUGCCUGCAAAUUCAAUACUUUAGCGCAUGAGCUUGAUCCACAACACCCAAGGUGUACUCUUCAUUUUUGCCACGCCCGGAAGCAGGGGCACCCCUACCUAGAGGCCGCGCGCGCGGGACUUGCAUAUGAAAUGGUGGGGUCAUUGGCUUGUGGUAGAAUGGUUGGCACAGGUCGAAAGCAAACAUGCUCCUGCAUACGUGGCGAGGUUCACAUUGUGUGUUGGUGUGCUUGAGCAAACGGGGGUGGUGUUGCCUGUUGUCUACCCCGCCCUCAGGGCUGUGUGGUAGGGGCGGGCGCUAGGUGCAGCACGUGGGAGUGUGACAGGUCGUGAUGAGAAGGCGCGGCGUGCGUGUGCGCGGAGGCCUGGCGCGUGCUGGCUGUCACUGCUACCAGCCACUGGACGCAGCACCGGCGGGCUGUGUGCGCGUGUGUGCUAGGGGCGCUAGGUAAAGCGCGUGGGAGUGUGACAGGCCGUGAUGGGAAGGUGCGGCAUGCGUGUGCGUAGAGGGGACGGGCGUGCUGCUGUCGCUGCUUCUAACCAUACGACGCAUCACCGGCGAGCUAUUAUGUGCAUGUGUGAAGGGAAAUGGGGUUGCGUACAUGCAAAUGCAGUGGGGCUUGGACGCCUGUGUGUUGUGCUGCCAUCGCUGCUCGUGCACGCGGCUGCCUGCCGACGCUGGCACUGAUGGGAUACUGCAGCGUGCAUGGUGCUGGCUGCGGUGGGUCGGUGGCGGUUGCUUCGUGGCCAUUGGAUAUUGAUCACACGCACGUGCUGAGUGGUGUGGGUACCGUAGUCAGUGCGAAGUUCAUUGUAAUUUUUGGGGGUCUGAUUGCCUGCGCACGUGCACGGACAACGUCAUGAAUGCAUGCUUUGCGCACCAAACGUCCGCAAAUGUGUGGAAGGGGGCAACACGAUUCAGUAUUUCAGUGCAAAAGUUAAUAACGGUACCGGAUGGUCAAUGCCAACCUUGUAGAAACCCAACCAACAAAUCCUCGCAACUUUGGUGUGGGGUAGGAUAUACUUUGCUUCGGUGCCUGCUGUGCUUAUGCUUGACAGUGGGACGUGGCUGGACAUAUGGCGCGCGGUGCCUGUACAAACUCACCCGGGUCUCCGGGAGUUCGGGAGACGAGGUAGUU